UUCAGUUAGUUGAAACAUCAAGGUUAUAUUAAGUAUAUGUUGAUAUAUAUUCUGUUUUCAGCUGGUCAGCAUAAAACAAUAAAUGUAUCAGCCCUACAACAGACUCUUAGUGGUGUUGUACAAUCACCUCAAGUUGUUACAGCUGGCAAAACAAAUAUAACAGUCGUAUCACAAGCUGGAGGAACCUCUCAGAUCAUCAGGACUAUACCAGCAUCACAACUUAUCUCCUCUUCUACACCAACAGCCUCUUCUCUCCUCGGUACCAGUCAAUCAAAUGUUUCCCUCAUAUCUGCUGGUUCAAACCAGAUUGGUAACCAGACUAUUCAAGUUGCCCAGUCUCAGCAACCAUCUUCAAAACCAGUACAGAUCACUAUAACACCACAAGGGCAGGUGGCUACUACACCUGUUGUCGUUCAAGCAUCAGAACCUGUUGCAACUGAUGAGGCAGACGGUGCUUGUACAGAUGGUAUCCACUGUGGGACUCCACCCCCAUGUACAGAUGGAAUCCAUUGUGGAACUCCCCCUCCAUGCACAGAUGGAAUCCAUUGUGGAACUCCCCCUCCAUGCACAGAUGGUAUCCACUGUGGAACUCCCCCUCCAUGCACAGAUGGAAUCCAUUGUGGAACUCCCCCUCCAUGCACAGAUGGAAUCCAUUGUGGGACUCCACCUCCAUGCACAGAUGGAAUUCAUUGUGGGACUCCACCUCCAUGCACAGAUGGAAUCCAUUGUGGAACUCCCCCACCAUGCACAGAUGGAAUUCAUUGUGGGACUCCACCUCCAUGCACAGAUGGAAUCCAUUGUGGAACUCCCCCUCCAUGCACAGAUGGAAUUCAUUGUGGGACUCCCCCUCCAUGCACAGAUGGAAAACAUUGUGGAACUCCACCACCAUCAGAUAACACACACUUUGUACCUAUAAAGGAUGGGGCAUGCUCUGAUGGAAUACAUUGUGGAACUCCUCCUCCACAAGAAGGUUAUGGAACCUGCACGGAUGGAAUUCACUGUGGAACUCCGCCCCCUCAAGAAGGAAAUGGAACUUGCCAAGAUGGCAUUCACUGUGGUACACCACCCCCACAGGAAGGAAGUGGAACCUGCACGGAUGGAAUUCACUGUGGAACUCCGCCCCCUCAAGAAGGAAAUGGAACUUGCACAGAUGGAAUUCACUGUGGAACCCCUCCCCCACAGGAAGGUAAUGGAACCUGCACAGAUGGAAUUCACUGUGGAACCCCUCCCCCACAAGAAGGUAAUGGAACCUGCACGGAUGGAAUUCACUGUGGAACACCACCUCCUCAAGAAACUGAGGGAACUAAUGAAGAGAAUCAAGAAAAUGUUCCAACAACUGAGACAGAGGCAACAUCACAAGAAGCUGAGACAACCACAGCUGAGGGACAGCAAGAAGCAGACCCUCUUUCAUUUACCCAGCUUGAUGGUGGAAAUUCAGGGGAGACAAGUACGGUUGACGAGGCCGUGUCUGCAGAAGAUAUGCUGGCAUCUGGAGAGCCUUCAACCACGGGCGUCCUAGAUGAGACCGAGGCCAUGGUCACAGCACCUUCUACAGAAGCAACUGAAGGUGUAGAGCCCACACCAGAGAUUAAAGAAGAACCAAUGGAUACCACAGAUGUGGCCCAGCCAGAGCAGCCCCAACAGCAAUCUGAAAGUGAGCAAAGCAUCGACCCAGUUACUGGACUACACAAUGGCAUGCCUGUGCAACUUGACACAUCAACAAGUAGUGGUUUAUUGGGUCAGUCAGUAUCUUUACCUGACCAAAUAUUUGCUGUACCAAACUCGGGACAGGACACUUCUAGUUCAGAUAUUAAACCAGAGGACUUACUCCUUCCGAAAUCCGAGCCAGUAGAUCUAGGACUGAUCAGCCAAGCUUCUGACUCUGGUCAAGAUCCUCUAGCUACACUAGCAAUGGCAGCAGCAUCCUCAGCAGGGGCUGUAACUAGUAUCAAACAAGAACCUAUCAAACCUACACAAGAGACUAAAGUAUUAACAACAGUUUCUACACCAAAGAAAGAAGGGAACAUGUGGUAUGAUGUUGGUAUCAUUAAAGGAACGUCCUGUCUUGUGUCAUAUUACCAUCUACCAGCAGAGGGUGGUCAGGGAGAUAUAGCUGAUAAAAAGGAUAUAGAUGUCGUGUCAAUACAGGAUCACAGUGUAUUAAAGAGACAAGAGUUAUUGCCGGGAACAGCAUACAAGUUCCGGGUCGCGGGUAUUAAUGCUUGUGGACGUGGGCCAUGGAGCGAAAUAUCAGCAUUCAAAACCUGUCUACCAGGUUACCCAGGUGCUCCAUCAGCCAUUAAAAUUAGCAAGAGUGCAGAUGGUGCUCAUCUUUCAUGGGAACCUCCACAAAAUACAGCUGGAAAAAUUACUGAGUACUCUGUAUACCUUGCUGUACGUAAUGCAGCUCAACAAGCAGAACAGAAACCAGGUGGCGCUGCUCAACUUGCAUUUGUACGAGUAUUUUGUGGACCGACCGCAUCAUGUGUGGUGAAUUCAAACAGUUUAGCCAGUGCUCAUAUAGACUAUACAACAAAACCAGCUAUUAUAUUCCGUAUAGCAGCUCGUAAUGAGAAAGGAUAUGGUCCGGCUACACAAGUCAGGUGGCUUCAAGAUGCUGCCCAAGGAGCUGCUGCAGCUGCUACAAAUAAAUUGCCCGUGAAGAGAACUGUUGAUGCGGCACAGCUGCAGGCAAUACAAAUGAAGAAGAUUAAGACGGAUGAUGAAGCUGGCAUGUAAAAUACUAAAACCAGUCUUAAUUUGUAGGAGAACCAGUCUAAUCAAAUAUUGAUAAACCAGUCUGUAAUGUUUAAAGUAACCAGUCUGAAAAAAAAUUCUAGAACCUUUGAAGAUUUUCACAUCAGAAUCAUAACAAAGCUUGCAUGUUAAUAAUAACAACUGUUCUAGUUAAUAUUAGCAUUUAUUUAUUAGUAAUAUUUCUUGUGAAGCAGUCUAGAAAAUGAGAUCUUGUUUAAAGACAUGAUGCAAAUAUAUCACUGCAAUGAUUAAUGGGUAUAUUUGUCUGAAUGCUUAUUGGAGAAAUAUAAAGGAAAUUUAUUUACUUGUAUGAGGGACCAAACAAAUGAAAAUAUAAAUAUUACCAUGUAGACUGUUAGAUCAUAGGAGAAUUUUGAGGACUGUUUUGUAAAACAUUUUACAUUUGAUGAAUGUAUACAAUUUUUUGCAAAAGGCUGGUUAUAUUUCAAUAUUUGUGUUAUGUUUUAUGUAUGGUAUAGAUACAUGUCUCGCAUCUAGGGCAGCUUCAUUAUAUCAUGAUUAAUCCACAGUUAAAGAGUAAGGCUACACAAACAUUAUCAUACAAUUUGUUAUAUCACACUGACUAAAACAUCACUUAUAAUAAAUAAGACUUAAUGAGAUUAUUUGAUAUUUGAAAUAAAAUCUCACUGUUUAUUCUGUAUGGAUUAUCAUGAUUUUUGACUUGGUUAAAGAAUUUUUAUGACUAUAUGUUUUUCUUUAGAAUGAAAUUGUUCUCAUUGUUAUUGACUGUACAUAUUGGCAAAUUGUUUUCGGGGGAAAAAAACUGUUUUGAUUUUUGUUGUUGAAUGUUUUAAUAGGGUAAAUUGGAACUGAAAAUUUGAGUGCAUGUGAAGCUGUCAUCCCAUUAUUAACAUAAGCAGUUCCUUGGGGUAAACUGGGAAGAAUAUUAUUCUCUAUGAAUUGAUCUCAUUCAUUAAUUAUUCACACAUGGAUAUUGUUGUUUUCCUUAUCAUUACCAAAAAAAUAUCAGUUAUCAUGUACCUUUGUUUUGGAUUGAAAGGUCCUUUUCAUAGAGGGGUUGGGGAGAAUCGGUCAAAUUAAAAUUUGAAAGAGUAACAAUAAAAAAAAGUAAAAUACAGUUUUAUGGUAAUAAUUAUUUCAAAAGAGUAUUUAUUACAACUAUUAUGACAGUACAUAGAUCAGCUCUGGUGAUAAGAUAAUAUCAUUUAUAUCAUGUGAAUUAUAGAAUUGAAAACAAAAUUUUUAUGCUACUAUGUUACCAGUUGUUCUAAAAACAACCAUAAUACAUUGCAUUCCAAUUCUAGACUAAGUUUUUGAAAGUAAGUUUUACAGUCAAUAUUAUUAUUAUUAUUGGAAGAUAGAUAUAGUAAAUAUAUUCCUCAAGCUGACCUCAUGUGGAGUUAGGCAUACUGUACUUUCUUUAUCUUUUUUAAUGUCUUUGUUUAUGUAAUAUACAUGUUUGUAAGGAUAUUUGUUUAUGUUUUUUGUUUGUUAAAAAACAGCAAUACAUUGGUUUUUAGUUGCACAUGUGUCAUAAUAUAUAUUUUUGUGUCAUUUCUGUUAUACAUUUCUGUAUAUAAUCAUUGUCUAAUGUAAAUGAUUCAUUGUAAGUCCUCUUUUUCAUUUUAUUCUUGAACAAUGUGAACAAAUUUAAGUAAAUUGUCAAUUGGAAUAAUGUAAAGUGUUAUAACAAAUGCAAACUCCUUAGUUGUGAUUCACCUAUUUCUCUUUGGAUAAUUACAAAUAGUUACUGGUAAGUGGCCAAUUCAUGAGUGUUAGGUUUGUUAAAUUAUGUAAAUAGUAGCAAAUUUUGUGACUCUUUGACAAAAAACUCAAUAUCAUUUCUACUGUCUGUUUUAGGCUCAAAUCCUACUAGUGAUGUUGAAUAUGUUAAAGGUAGAAAGAUAUGCAACCAGGUUAUCACAGGUUUUAGAGCUUACCUUGAUAACCAGCUUGUUACUUGUAAAAUAUUGUAAUGAAUAGCUUCUUAGGGAGUUCUCUGGCUGUCUUAAGUCAAAGUCAAAUAUUUUUUGGUUUUUACUAAAAAUUCAGCUCUGAAAAUUAUAUAACAUAAUAGUUAUAAGCAAUAUACAUGUAACAGCCUUACUGUUGGUAGUGAGGCAGUGUCAUCAAGUGCUAUGAGGCAACAUCUCAACUUGUAUACAUUCAUGACAAGAUUUGAGCCAUGUCACGACAAAACCAACAUAAUGGGUUUGUGACCAGCAUGGAUCCAGACCAGCCUGCGCAUCCGCGCAGUCUGAUCAGGAACCAUGCUGUUCGCUUACAAACCCUAUAACAAGCAGAAAAACUGAUAGCGAACAGCAUGGAUCCUGAUCAGAUUGCGCAGAUGCGCAGUCUGGUCUGGAUCCAUGCUGGUCGCAAAACCAUUAUGUUGGUUUUGUCGUGACCCGGCUCAAUUUUCAUUUUUUCAUAAUUUGAGAUUUAAUGAAUUUAUUUCACGAGAUAAACAUGUUAUACAUUAUGUUAAUGAUACUAUGAUUUGUAAAUAGUGUACAUAAUCUUCAUCCAAAAAAACUUCAUUUAUAUGUUCUUUGAGAUUUGUUUCUGUCUUUUUGCUUCCAUUUUUUAUGUUAAGACCAAGUUUUAUCAAACUGAACUAUCUUAUUUUGUACAUUUGAUAUACUUUCUUAGAAUUAAUGCUCCAUAGUUAAAGAAAUAAAAGCCAUAAUAAAUAAUGAGACAUCUGAAGAUAAGAAAAUGAACAUUGUAAUAUAUUGCCAUUUUGUAAAUAUUUAGGGAAGUCUGUUCAAUAAACAUAAGGACAUUUUAGUUCUUUUUAUUUUGUUAAGCGUCGGCCUCAUUUUGCACAAACAAGCUACCUAUUCAAUAAAAACAUGCAUCCCAUUCCAAACAAAAAAACCAAUUUUAUUGCCUUAUAUUAUAGAAAAUUAGUCUUUCAUGACUGUGAAACAUCCAAACAUUAUCAUCUUAAAUGUAUGACUUACUACAUGUAAUAGUUGAAACUGUCAAAGUUACUAAAAUAAAUUCAGCACAGUCUAUGAUUGAACGCUACAAACUACUUUACAUGUACAUGUAUAUACAUGUCAAAAAAAUUUGCAUAAACAUUAAUACAAAUAAUUGAUAUUAUGCAUACAUGUUAUAUCAUGCAGAAAUUUUCUUAGAAUGUUGUUACGUCCUUCGUAACCCAUCUGAGAUUGCGAUUUUCUUCUGUCUUUUUCAUCUUGUCAAAAAUGUUGUAUUUUUAUUGUCUGAAGGAGCUCAAAAUGUAGGUGAACAUGGGCGCUUAAAAAAUAAUGGAACAGAAUGGCCUGAUGUUAUGUUCUCAUUUUCACUUCUUAUAAUGAAAAAAAUGAUGGGUUUUUAUCAGGAACUGAAAUGUUAAAAAUUCAAGAAUUUCUUGUUAAAGAGUUGAUGUGUUAUCAUAAAUGUACUUUCAUUACAUUGUGAAUGUAUUCAUUGUCAACAUUGAUGUUAAUUAUUUACUGUCAUUUUGUACAAAUAAACAUCUUGUUUCAUCUUCAUUAUCAUUAUAGUAUACAUGUGUAUUUUGGUAUUAAAUAUUCAUUUAGCCAAACACCUAA